GUUUGGUUCUUUAUGGAUGAUAUCGAGUCUUCUCUACCAAUAUUUUCGUGGUUCGGAGAUGCCCAUUUUACGUAAAAUGGUCUCAUGGACCAUGCGCAGCGCUAGAUCCCUGUCCUGUGUCCGAUCCAGAACAACCUUUACACCGAAGUGCAGCAUACCCGUAGCUUCAUCAACUGCUUCUCUGGUGUUGGGCUCAUAUUGUGAAAGGAAUGCGCAGGAGGAUGUUUACUCAAAAAACCGAAUGAUUGACUGUUUGAUCAAAUCCGGGCAGCUAAAUUCUGCGCUAAAGUUGUUUGAUGAAAUGCCGCUUUGUGAUGUUGUUACCUAUAAUAUGCUGAUUUCUGGGUACGGGCGAUAUGGGCUUCCAAAACAGGCUCUUUACCUCUAUACUGAAAUGGUUCUACUAGGAAUAAGAGAAAGUCCAUCGACGUUUUCCUGUGUUUUGGAUAUUUGUAGUGAUGCGGGGUUUUAUAAAGAAGGAAUUCAAGUUCACUGCAGGGUGCUGAAGCUUGGCUUUAGCGUGAAUUUGUUUGUUGGGAGUCCGCUUGUUGAUCUUUAUAUGCAGAUGGGGCUUCAUGACGUAGCUUUGAAGCUGUUUAAUGAGUUGCCAGAGCAAAAUUUGGCCAUAUGGAAUCUGGUAUUUCGUGGGUAUUGCGAACUGCGUCAACCAGAUGAGUUAUUAGGAUUGUACUCUAAAAUGGCAUUUGAUAAUGUGGAGCCAAAUGGUCUUACAUUUUGUUAUUUAUUUCGUGGAUGCAGUAAUGAGAAGCUUUUAGAUGAAGGAAAGCAGCUGCACUGCCACGCGGUUAUGGUUGGAUUGGUAGAAUCAAGUAUAUUUGUUGCUAAUGCUUUGGUGGAUUUUUACUCCGCUUGUGGGAGUUUAAUUGAUGCAAGGAAAUCAUUUGAGACAAUUCCAAUGGAGGAUGUGAUCUCAUGGAAUUCAAUUGUUGCAGUGCAUGCAGAUAAUGGUUUAUUGGUUGAUGCUGUCAAAUUAUUUUCUACAAUGCAGUUUCAAGGGAAGAGGCCAUCUAUUCGAUCUUUUGUAGGCUUCUUGAAUUUCUCUAGUGGGACCAAGAAUAUUCAUUUUGGGAAGCAGAUUCACUCUUAUGUUCUAAAAUUGGCCUAUGAUAAUGGAAGCAUACAUAUCCAAUCUGCUUUGAUCAACAUGUAUGGAAAAUGCGGUGAUAUUGAGAGUUCGGUAACCAUAUAUGAAAGUGUUCCGGAGAGAACACUGGAGUGUUGCAACUCAUUAAUGACCUCAUUGUUGCACUGUGGCAUCACUGAAGAUGUGGUUGAGAUGUUUGGUUUAAUGGUUGAUGAGGGAGUUGCACUUGAUGAAGUCACUUUCUCCACGACACUGAAAGCAUUGUCGGUUUCUGCUUCAACAAGCUUGGCCAGCUGCAGAUUGCUGCAUUGUUGUACAAUCAAAUCUGGUUUUGAAUCUGAUACUGCAGUUGCAUGUUCUCUAAUUGAUGCAUAUUCAAGAUGUGGUCAUGUCGAUCUUUCUCGUCUGGUUUUUGACAAGAUUCCUUCACCAAAUGUUGUUUGUUUCACGUCUAUCAUCAAUGGAUAUGCCCGGAAUGGCAUGGGAAGAGAGGGACUUGAAUUGCUUCAAGCACUGGUCCAAAAGGGCCUGAAACCAGAUAGAGUGACAUUCUUGUGUGCAUUAACAGGGUGCAGCCACUCAGGGAUGGUUGAAGAAGGAGGGUUGCUGUUUGAUUCAAUGAAAACACUACAUGGGAUUCACCCUGAUAGGCAGCAUUAUUCAUGUAUGAUAGAUCUGUUAGGCCGUGCAGGUUUGCUUGAUGAAGCUGAAGAGUUGCUGCAACGGGCACCAGGAAAGGGAGAUGGUGUGAUGUGGAGCUCAUUGCUGCGAAGUUGCAGGGUCCAUGGGAAUGAGAUAGUGGGAAGGAGAGUAGCAAAAACCUUGAUGGAGCUUGAGCCAGAGAAUCCUGCAGUUUGUUUGCAAGCUUCGAACUUCUAUUCUGAAAUUGGGGAGUUUCAAACCUCAACACAAAUUAGAAACAGUGCUAUGUUAGGGGAGAUCGGUCGUAGUUUAAUUGAGGUAAACAGUUGCUGCUAACAUUAGCGUCUUAUAACGAUGAAAUCAAGUGAAGCAGAGCCUCAAAAAGAGAGCAUGGUCGGUGGGUUUUUGGGCUCCAUUUCGAUGAAGCUGAACCUAUUGUUUAUUCUAGAUCUUCCGUAGAGAUUUAACUGCGGAAGAGUUUCUUUUGCUUAAAAAACUUAGCUUGCAUGCAAUGAACGGCAUCAUUUGUACAUGGGUUACCCUGUUUGGUCUAACUAACCGAUUGACCUUUUUCGUAUUUCUUUGC